AUGGCCCAGGUACCUCGCUCACAACCCAUGCCGUCUCCUCCUGCCUUUGCUCUCCCUUUCUUCCGCUGCGUCUCCGGUCCCGACCAAGAGACUGGCCAGCCCGGAACGCUAUGCCCCCUGGCGCCGCAGACUCGAAGGUCUCUGGACUGUCGUCUUCACGAUUUCCAUCUGGACGACGGCCAAGUUCCCGGCCCAACCAAGACGACACGUCGAAGACCCCCACAUCGAUUGAGGCGGAAAAAUGAAGGGAUUGCCUAUCGCGCGACUCUGAUCGCUUUGUCACUGUGCGACGUUCGUCUUGUUGUCGAGACCUCUAAAGUUGCUUCACCACUUCGAGGCCUGAGACUACAAAACGCAUGGAUGUACUAUACGCGUGACCAAACGCAGACUGACCUCCCCAUGGUACAGACCGUCUCUGGUGGGCCUGUUCUUUGUCCGGGCAACGGAUGA